UAGGUUCCACAAUGGUACAGCCAGCAUCACACUGCACAAUGGUUUCCAGGCAGUGAAAGAGGUUUGAAACGUGGUUAAAAAAUACCACGUAAGGUCGCAGUUUGCGGGGAAAGGUGGCUGGACGAGGAGACUAGUCCGCAGGCACGGAAUGAUUCAACCUGGCCAGGUUGAGAGCCACUGCAGCUUCUGCUUGGGCAGGCUCAGCUGAGGCCAGCCUGGGGCUAUACUGCUGCUGACUUCUCUGGAGGAGCAGAGCUGCAGCAAAAGGUAUUUAUGAGCCGCCAUUUCUUGUACUACUGCAGUGAACCUACCCUGGAUGUGAAGAUUGCUUUUUGUCAGGGAUUUGGGAAACAAGUGGAUGUGUCAUAUAUUGCCAAACAUUACAACAUGAGCAAAAGCAAAGUUGACAACCAGUUCUACAGCGUUGAAGUAGGUGACUCGACCUUCACAGUUCUCAAACGCUACCAGAACUUAAAACCUAUUGGCUCUGGGGCUCAGGGAAUAGUUUGCGCUGCUUAUGAUGCCGUCCUUGACAGAAAUGUGGCCAUUAAGAAGCUCAGCAGACCAUUUCAGAACCAAACGCAUGCCAAACGAGCUUACAGGGAGCUGGUCCUCAUGAAGUGUGUGAAUCAUAAAAAUAUUAUCAGUUUAUUAAAUGUCUUCACACCACAGAAAUCUCUGGAAGAGUUCCAGGAUGUUUACCUUGUAAUGGAGUUGAUGGAUGCCAAUUUGUGCCAGGUGAUUCAGAUGGAACUAGACCAUGAGCGAAUGUCUUACCUGCUCUACCAAAUGCUGUGUGGCAUCAAGCACCUUCAUUCAGCAGGAAUCAUACACAGGGAUUUAAAACCAAGUAAUAUUGUGGUAAAGUCCGACUGCACAUUGAAGAUUCUGGACUUUGGAUUGGCAAGAACUGCAGGCACCAGUUUCAUGAUGACUCCUUAUGUGGUGACACGUUACUAUAGAGCACCAGAGGUCAUCUUGGGAAUGGGCUACAAGGAGAAUGUGGAUAUAUGGUCUGUGGGAUGCAUUAUGGGAGAAAUGGUUCGCCACAAAAUCCUCUUUCCGGGAAGGGACUAUAUUGACCAGUGGAAUAAGGUAAUUGAACAGCUGGGAACACCGUGUCCGGAAUUCAUGAAGAAGCUACAGCCCACAGUACGGAACUAUGUUGAGAAUCGACCUAAGUAUGCUGGUCUUACUUUCCCCAAACUUUUCCCAGAUUCUCUGUUCCCAGCUGACUCAGAACACAACAAACUUAAAGCCAGCCAAGCCAGGGACCUUUUGUCAAAGAUGCUAGUGAUUGACCCAGCCAAGCGGAUAUCAGUGGAUGAAGCCUUACAGCAUCCAUACAUUAAUGUCUGGUAUGACCCAGCAGAAGUGGAAGCACCUCCUCCACAGAUAUAUGACAAACAGCUGGAUGAAAGGGAACAUACAAUUGAAGAGUGGAAAGAAUUGAUCUACAAAGAAGUAAUGAAUUCUGAAGAAAAGACUAAAAAUGGCGUAGUAAAAGGACAGCCUUCUCCUUCAGGUGCAGCAGUGAACAGCAGCGAAAGCCUCCCUCCAUCCUCCUCUGUCAAUGACAUCUCCUCCAUGUCCACCGACCAGACCCUGGCAUCUGAUACUGAUAGCAGCUUGGAAGCUUCUGCAGGACCCCUUGGUUGUUGCAGGUGACUAGCCGCCUGCCUGCGAAACCCAACAUUCUUCAGAAGAUGAUAUAAUUUAGGAGGAAAAUAACAAGAAUUAAAAGAUGGAAAGAAAGAGAAAUAAAAUAUAAAAGAUUUAAAUGAAACAAUACUCUUUUCAGCCUGCUUCUCCUACAAAAUUAUGUAAUGCUCAAGUGUAUAUUUAACUUCUAGUUGCUCUGUUUUGGUCUUCUUCCAAUGAUGCUUACUGCAAGAAAAAAAAAUGGAAUUAAAGAAGCCUUUUUUUUU